CCCAAAGUACUUUCUCUUCUUUGUGUCGCUGCGUCAGGAUCGCAUAGAGGUUGCGAGCCGAUUUUCUCGCGGCUGUGUUUGAUACCCAACGGAUAGAUUCACUCUAUCUUUUCCGCGCCAAAAGUUUUUUUGGGCCCCGCCGCCUAAGUCCAUAUAAGGACCACCCGCCCCUCGUCUCUCACUUCUCCUACACACACCUCCACCCUUCACCACAAUGGCGCCUGCUGCUUCGCACAAUGCCAAGGACGUCAAGUCCGAGAACUCCAAGGCGUUCAAGGCGCUCGAGGAGAUGAUGCAGAAGUUGACCGUCUCCAAGGCACAGGACGAGAUCAACGCCUCUGCCCAGGCCAUCGCCACCUUCAUCAACGGCGACAUUGAGGAGGCUGACGCUCCCACCCACGCUGUCUCGGUGCUCAAGAAGCAACUCGCCAGCAAGAAGGAUGCUGUCGCCCGUGAGCGUGCCCUCGACGCCAUCCGUGCUAUCGCCCAGCACGCCCACGUCUCCGCCGCCGUCGAGCCCUACCUCGUUUCCCUCCUGCCCGACGUGCUGGCCGCUGUCGGUGACAAGAUCACUGCCGUCAAGGUUGCUGCCCAGACUGCCGCCGAGGCCAUCGUCACUGCCGCGAACCCCAACGCCGUCAAGGCCAUCAUCCCUCACAUCAUCAAGUCGCUCGAGUCGGCACAAAAAUGGCCCGAGAAGAUGUGCGACCUCAAGUGCAUCGAGGUCCUCACCAAGAGCGCCCCCGCACAGAUGGCCUUCCGUGUCCCUGACCUGAUUCCCGUCAUCUCUGGAGCCAUGUGGGACACCAAGCCUGAAGUCAAGAAGGCUGCCUACGUCACCAUGGAGACUCUCUGCUCCUUGAUCUCCAACAAGGAUAUCGAGCGCUUCAUCCCCGAGCUCAUCAAGUGUAUCGCUAAGCCCGAGAACGUCCCCGAGACCGUUCACUUGCUUGGUGCCACCACUUUCGUCACUGACGUCCACGAGCCUACUCUUGCCAUCAUGGUUCCCCUUCUCGAGCGUGGUCUCGUUGAGCGUGAGACUGCCAUCAAGCGAAAGUCUGCCGUCAUCAUCGACAACAUGUGCAAGCUUGUCGAAGACCCCCAGAUUGUCGCCGCUUUCCUGCCCCGUCUCAUGCCCGCGCUUGAGAAGAACUACGAAAACUUGGCUGACCCCGAGGCCCGUGAGAAGACCCGCCAGGGUCUCGACACCCUCAUCCGUGUCGGUGCUGUCCAGAACGGCAAGAUCCCCGAGCUCGAGAAGUCUGGUGACAUUGCCACCAUCGCCGCCAACCUCAAGGCUGUUCUUCCUUCUUCAGUCAAGGUUGACGAGCGCUUCGAGCCUGUCGUCAACUACAUUGGUGCCAUUGGUGGCCAGCUGAUUGACGAGAAGGACUACGAGCCUCUCAACUGGCAGGCAAACGCCGGUCCCUUCGUUGCCGUCCUUGUCGGUGACGAGGCCUCCAAGGACGUCACUGAGAACCUCCGCAAGAGGUCUCUUCCUGGUGCUGCCGCUGAGGAGGCCACCGAGCCCGAUGAGGAGGAGGGCGAGGACCUCUGUAACUGCACAUUCAACUUGGCCUACGGUGCUAAGAUUCUGCUUAACCAGACUCACCUUCGUCUGAAGCGUGGUCAGCGUUACGGUCUUCUCGGACCCAACGGUUCCGGAAAGACUACCCUCAUGCGCGCCAUCAACAACGAGCAGGUUGAGGGUUUCCCCAAGCAGAAUGAGGUCAAGACUGUCUACGUCGAGCACGACUUGGACUCUGCUGACACUGAGAUGACUGUCAUCGGCUGGACCAUGAACAAGCUCAAGGCUGUCGGUAUCGAGAAGCCCCAGGAGGAGGUCACCAAGACUCUCAACGAGUUCGGUUUCACUGAUGCCAUGUACAACGGACCCAUUGGUGCCCUCUCUGGUGGAUGGAAGAUGAAGCUCGCUCUCGCUCGUGCCGUCUUCGAGCAGCCCGAUAUCCUUCUGCUUGACGAGCCCACCAACCACUUGGACGUCAAGAACGUCAAGUGGCUCGAGGACUACCUCACCAGCUCUCCUUGCACAUCCAUUGUCAUUUCCCACGACAGCAAGUUCUUGAACAACGUCAUUCAGCACGUCAUCCACUACGAGCGCUUCAAGCUCAAGCGUUACAAGGGUAACCUCGACGACUUCGUCAAGCGUGUGCCUUCUGCCAAGUCUUACCACGAGCUGUCCGCUUCCGACAUGGAAUUCAAGUUCCCCGAGCCCGGUUUCCUUGAGGGUGUCAAAACCAAGGCCAAGGCUAUCCUCCGUGCCACCAACAUGAGCUUCCAGUACGAGGGUACCUCCAAGCCCCAGAUUGAGGACAUCACCUUCCAGUGCUCUCUCGGAUCCCGUAUUGCCGUCAUUGGUCCAAACGGUGCCGGAAAGUCCACCCUUGUCAACGUCUUGACUGGUGAGCUUGUCCCAACCAAGGGUGAGAUCUACCACCACGAGAACAUCCGUAUCGCCUACAUCAAGCAGCACGCUUUCGCCCACAUUGACCACCACCUCGACAAGACUCCUUCCGAGUACAUCCAAUGGCGUUUCCAGACUGGUGAGGACCGUGAGACCAUGGACCGUGCCAACAAGAUCGUCACCGAGGAGGACGAGAAGGCCAUGGACAAGAUCUACAAGAUCGACGGUACCGAGCGCCGUGUCAUUGGUAUCCACUCCCGCAGAAAGUUCAAGAACUCUUACGAGUACGAGUGUUCGUUCGCUCUUGGUGAGAACAUCGGCAUGAAGAACGAGCGCUGGACACCCAUGAUGACUGCCGACAACGCCUGGAUUCCCCGUAGCGAGAUCAUGGCUUCCCACGCCAAGAUGGUUGCCGAGGUUGACCAGAAGGAGGCUCUUGCCAGCGGUCAGUUCCGUCCUCUGGUCCGUAAGGAGAUUGAGGCUCACUGCGCCAACUUUGGUCUCGACGCUGAGCUUGUUUCCCACUCCCGUAUGCGCGGUCUGUCUGGUGGUCAGCGUGUCAAGGUCGUCCUCGCCGCCUGCUCAUGGCAACGCCCCCACUUGAUCGUUCUCGACGAGCCUACCAACUACCUCGACCGUGACUCUCUUGGUGCCCUGUCCAAGGCCAUCAAGACCUUCGAGGGUGGUGUCAUCAUCAUCACCCACUCCGCCGAGUUCACCGCCGACCUUACCGAAGAAGUCUGGGCUGUCAUGGACGGACGCAUGACCCCCUCCGGUCACAACUGGGUUCAAGGACAAGGUGCUGGUCCUCGUCUAGCCAAGGACGAGGACCCAGACCAAGUGUCGUAUGAUGCCAUGGGAAAUAAAAUAGAAACAGCGAAAAAGAAGGUUAAAUUGAGCUCUAGUGAGAUGAGGAAGAAGAAGAAGGAGCGCAUGGCUCGUCGCAAGCGUGGUGAGGAAGUUUUCUCCGAUGAGGAUGACUAGUGGCGUGCGUCUUCUGCAUGGAUGUUUUCCUUUCUUCCGGUUUGCAUGCCGACGGGUGGUUGGCUUUUCAUGACAUAAUGCAGUAGUUUACAGAUUAUGGUCAAUGUUCGGCGUAUGGUUAUCAAAAUGUUCACGAAUGCAUCUUGCGGGUACCUCACUCGUAGAAGAUAGAAAUAGAUUUUUAUCAUACUUCAUUUCGUUCACC